GCUCCUCAUUUUUCGAAACUCACAAGGCUCACGGAAUACUUAUACAAAUGUCGAAUAUAGUGCUUCGGAAUGGUCUUGAGACUCUACUCGAAGAGAUGAAUAAGAACCCUCCUUGCGAACUUGGCUUAUCGGCGGAAGAGCUUCUUGUUCCACGCAAACUAAAAAAAUCGAAAAAACCACCUCGAGCACAAAAUAAAUUCAUUUUAUAUCGAAAACAUUAUGUAGCACUCAUGAAAAAGAGGUGUCCACAAAGGACAGUGAGAACGAAUGAACUUUCAAGGGAAGCAAGUCGAAAUUGGGAUUCUGAGUCGAAUGAAGUGAAACGGUAUUUCACAAUCUUGGCAGAAGUCGCUAAAGAUAGGCAUAAAGCGAUGUAUCCAGGAUACAUCUACGAACCUGAAAAAAAAAAUAAAAAAGACGAAUUUGAAGAGUAUAUUGACUAUAGUCAAUGCUCUUAA